AUGAGAAUGUUCGGGCUCAGCAAGUUGACAUUCAGUGACAUUUCAGAUGAUGAUCUUGAUCGUGUAGUCAACAAUAUUUGUCAUGAUUUCCCUCAAUGUGGAGAGAAUAUGUUAAAACAAAUUCUCAGUGGUAAGGGAAUCAAGGUGCAGCGUGUGAGAUUGCGGGACAGCCUUCACAGAGUUGAUUCAGAUGAAGUUGAAAGAAGGAAGUGUGGAAGAUUGCAUCGACGUGUGUAUAACGUAAAAUGCCCGAACGUGUUAUGGCAUGUGGACACUAAUCACAAGCUUGUCCGCUGGAAUUUUGUAAUUUUUGGUUGUGUUGAUGGUUUUAGUCGACUUUAUGUUGCCUUAAAAUGUCUCAAUAACAACAAAGCUAACACGUUAUUGCAGUGUUUCGUAAAUGGUGUUCAAGCGUACGGCCUACCUAGCAGGGUACGAAGUGAUAACGGUUUGGAAAACGUCCAUAUUGCACAAUUUAUGAUUGAGAAACAGGGUCAAGAGCGGGGCAGUAUAAUCACUGGUAAAAGCACUCACUCACAAUCAGAGAAUUGA